GGUUUUUUUUGGGCGACGAUAUUUUAGCGACACUGUCGAUGGCGACAAAAGCACGUUGUCGUGACGUAUGGAACCAAAGUCUCUUUGCAAACUUGUUUACUGCUUAGUGAAACCUCGGAAUCCAAACUAGAUUGGAACAUGUGUUCAGUUGCCCCAGUUUUAGUGUCGAAUCUUUGAUAAUUGUUCUUGUUAACCCCCAAUUGCGUUCUAAGUGACAAUGACAGUUCUUCAUGAUGGCCAGAAACCAUCGCAAUGGCUGGACCCAGCACAGUUUGGCCUAUUCCGAUGGGUGGUCGACUGGGCAUCCGAUGACCAAUUUUGGUUGCCUCCCAAUAUCACUUGGGCCACAUUGGAAGCCUCGGAAGAAGGCAUGCAGUUCGCCCGGUCCUCGGAUUUGAGGAUUCCGAUGAUGGCCGCCUUUGCGGUAUAUUUCAUUCGGAUUUUUGUUCAAAAUAAGGUGUUUCGUUACUUGGGUGUUUGUCUUGGGCUGAAGGAUCAGCGCAGAGUAGUGCCUCCGGAAAAUCCAAUCUUGGAGGCAGCAUUUAAGAAUACCAAGCGUUUGGAUCACUCCAGAAUUCGAGCUCUGUCGAAAGAAUCCGACAUGACUGAGCGACAAGUGGAACGUUGGAUCCGCCAAAGAUCUUUGGUGGGCAAGUCGUCCAAGUUAGAUAAGUUCUGUGAAUCUGGAUGGAAAGCGCUCUAUUACACGCUCAUGUAUGCCUAUAGUUGGGUGAUACUAUGGGACAAGCCAUGGUUUUGGGACAUAAAGUAUUGUUGGUACAAAUAUCCAUUCCAUGACGUGAGCACCGGCAUAUGGCUGUACUAUAUGAUUGAACUCUCCUUCUAUUGGAGUCUACUGAUAUCACAAUUCUUCGACGUCCAAAGAUCUGACUUUUGGGAGAUGUUCGCCCAUCAUAUCGCGGCCAUUCUAUUACUCAGUUUGUCUUGGGCGUGUAACCUCUUUCGUGUGGGUACUCUUGUCCUGUGGGUCCAUGAUUGCGCUGACGUAUUUCUGGAAUCGGCCAAGAUGUUCCGUUAUCUUGGAAAGCAGAGUAUUUCCGAUGCUCUGUUCUAUGGCUUUGCCAUUUCGUGGAUGGUGACCAGGCUGGGAUACUUUCCAACUUGGAUCUUGUACAGUAUCACUGUGGAGGCUGGUCAAUUUAUCCAGUACUUUGGCGCAUACCAAGUAUUCAGUGCUCUCUUGUCGAUCCUCCUGAUACUCAAUCUUUUCUGGGCCUAUUUCAUCUUCAAAGUGGCCUACCUGGCUGCAUUGGCCCCAGACGGGAAGAUUGAAAAAGAUCUGCGAAGUGAGUCUAACAGUAGUGAUUGAAAAAGUCACGUCAACCUCAAUUGCCAAUGAUGCAUGCUCUAACCUCAACACCGGAGUGUACCCCCUUCUACCGGGAAAUGAAAAGACAGAUCAAACAUUUUUGCAAAUGUUUUAUACCUCAUAAUAUAUCAAAAAACAACCAGCCUAGUGAAUGCAGUCAAGAGUUCUACAGAAAUAUAUCUUUUACCCAUUUUA